AGCAAAGCUCCUGAGUUGAAAAAAUUUAUGGGCAAGAAAUUAUCAUUGAAAUUAAAUGGUGGCAGACAUGUCCAAGGAAUAUUGUGGGGAUUCGAUCCCUUUAUGAAUCUGGUGAUAGAUGAACGUGUGGAGAUGGCAACUAGUGGGCAACAGAACAAUAUUGGAAUGGUGGUAAUUCGAGGAAACAGCAUCAUCAUGUUAGAAGCCUCGGAACGAGUAUAAACGAUGGGUGUGUUCACCUGAAGAAACCAACUGCUUCCACAUGUCCCCUCCAUAGUACCUGUUUUACUACAGUAUAAAAAUCAGGUCAUGCAUUUUCAUAUUGAACUUUUUUGUUAACUAAGCUUUUUUAAUAGUCAAAA